AUGGACGAGGAGGUCGAGGCCUCUCCCGCAGCGAGGCGGACACCUUGGCCCAUUGGGCUCCACUCUGUCGAAGAGCAGAGGAAGAAAGAGGAAAAAGAGCGUGAGCAGAAGACGCGGCAGCAGCCGCAGGAGGAACAGCAGCUGCAGCUGAAAGAAGGGGAGGAAAGGCAUCCAACGGCCGGUCCCCAACUCGAGGGGCUGCUGGAGCAGGACUGCCAACAGGAGCCGCAUGAGCUCCAGGAGCAGCAGCAGCAGGGGGGCCAGCAGCUGGCGGAACUGCUCGACCAGCCCCAACCAGAGCCAGUAGCGCCGCAAGAGCCUGGAAACCAGGAGGAGGAACAUUUGGUUUUGUGUUCCAACUGCUCGAUCGCCGGCUCGCAGGACCUGAAGGAGACUUCUCGCAUCAAGUCGAGCUUCAUCCACUCCACGAGAAGCGGCUGGCAGCAGCUCCCCAUCCUCAAGGACAAACUCCUGGAGUCACAGGAGAAGCUCCACAAGGCCUACAAAGAUCUUUUGGUGCUUGAGGAGGAGAAGAAGGAAAGGGAGGCUGCUCUGGCUGAGGUUUGA